CACCUCAUCUGCGCUGACCGGCCGGGCGUUGUCACCAUCUAUGACGUAUACGACAAUAUGGGCUACCUUCUCCUCGUCCUCGAUCUCUGCGACGGCAGCGACCUUUUCAGGCGCAUCCGCGAUUUCCAGGCAUACGAGGACAACGAGGCUCUCGUUCGGACCACGUUCCUCUCCCUGCUCGACGCCGUCAGCGACAUACAUUCCUGCGGCAUCGUGCACCGUGACCUCAAGCGGAAGAACAUCCUCGUCAACUACGACGGUUCGCGCCUCUUUCUGUCCGACUUUGGUCUUGCCACCGAUGCCGUGAAGAUAUUCAUAUACGGCUGGGGCACCGGGAUCUACAUGAGCCCUGAGGCUUCGGGCAGGUUCAACGGGCAGGCCUCAUAUUGCCCCCAGACGAACGACAUCUGGCCGCUCGGCAUCAUCCUCAUCAACAUGCCCACUGGUCAGGUCCCAUGGACGCGUGCGCGAAAUGACGAC